AUGACUGAAACAGCUGAAAACAUCCCUGAAGUAAUUGAAACUUUAAAUAUCCCUGAAAAAAAUCGCAUAUCAAGACCACUCGAAAGACAAUCAAAAGACCUUAAGCGCCCAGAAUCAGCAGGAUUGCAAAAAACCCAAAAAAUCCCUGCAAAACCUACAAAAUCUUUUCAAUCGAUGACAGAAAAACAAAAAACUGAAGCAUAUUACGAUUUAUAUGACACCAAUAUUGAAUUAAAAAACAAGCAAAAUGAAUUAGAAGAAAGGGUAUUUUUAUUCAUUAUAAAUAACCUAUAUUUCAGAUAUUAAAUAACCUAAUUUUCUAUAAGAAAUAUCAUUAAUAUUAAUAUAACAGCUUAAAAAAUUAAUUUUACACCAUAUAAAACAAUUAACUACGCAGCUAACAAGAAUUGUUGCAGAUAUAAAAUAUGAGCGAGAUUUGGCAGCAAAUUCUGCAGGUGGCGAAAUUAAAGCAAAAAUCCAAGCUUUAAAUGAAGAAAAAGAAAAAAUUUCCAAGGAGAAUUUGGAGUUGAAACAAAAAUUAAAAGAAAAAAAAUUUUCUCAAGGCAAAAAUCCUCGGCAAGUUGGACAGAAAAAUAGGCCGCCGACAAUAGCAAAAUUUAAUACCCAGCCAGUAGUGAUUUCUAAGGAUAGAAGAGUUGAUGAAACUUUAGAAGAAAGAGACAGACUGAUUGAAAGACUAAAAGAGCAGCUUCAGCAGACUGAAAUUGAGCUGCUUCGAUCAAAAGGGGAUAGAGGCUUAGCUCCAGAUCUCACUGACAGUUUUAAAGAAAAAGCGACACAGCUAUAUCUAUCAGCCUUAAUUUCACAUAAAAAUAUUUUCAUAAUUAUUUAUAAAUCAUACAUUUUCCUUAUAAAUUCUCAUAUAAUUCAGUAUAAACCAUAAUACUAAAUUUAGAGCAAAAAUUUUCUUCCUUAGAACAAGAAUUUCUAUCCCAAAAAACCUAUCUUGAGCUUACCAAAAAAAUGCUUGAAGAAUCCCAAGCCUCCCUCAGAGACGAAAGAACCAAAAACUCCGAGCUUUCUAUCCGCCUAAACGCUGCAGAAAUGGCUGCAAAAGGCAGCAAAGAUCUUGCAUUAAAACUUAAAGAAGUUGUAUCUGAAAAUAAGCAGCUCGAAAUGAGGGUAAAAGAACUAUGCCAAUCCCCCUUUAUAAAAGAAUCCGGCGACCGAGUCAUAAUUGGCACCAAAAUUACCCUCCUUGAAAAAGAGCUCGAGGAAAGGCUUUAUACCGUCAAUGAUUAUAAAGAAAGAGUCCUCAGAGCUGAAAGCGAGCUAGCCAGAACCAAACAAGAGCUGGAUUUAGCCAACAUAGAAAGAAGCAGACUUAAAGACGAAAAUUUGGUUUUAAACGUAAAAUUAUCAGAAAAAGGAAAAUAUGUUGACGAUUUUGACGAAAAAUUAAAAGUCCUGGUCCAAGACAAAGACUCUGAAGCCUUCAUGAAAGCUAUAGGGAUGAUGAAGCUAGAAGGUCAGCAGCCUGUAUGGUCACAGCUAGAUAUGAUAGAAAGGGCUCAAAGUGUCCCUGGCGACGUGCCUGGGCUUAUGCGAGAAAUAGAAAGGCUAAAAAUCGAAAAAGGCGACCUAGCAGCUGAGCUAGAAAAAUACCAAAACUUAAUAACAUUAAAAGCCCAAAUUGAAGAAGAAAAAACAGCCAUGAUAAAAGCAGAAAAUGAAAACUUAAAAUUCCAGCUGAGGGCUGCACAAAAAAGAAUUGAGGAAUUAAGCAAGCUUUCAGAUUAUCGGGCAAACAAAUUAAAACAAUUUUCUAAAUUGCAAGGACCAAAACUACCUGUUAGUGUCAACCAGUCAAUAGAAAAUUUAGACUUAGGAGGUGGCUUUAUUGAAGGCGGCACUGAGGUCGACACAGGCGAAAAUAUUUUUGAUUUAAUGAUAAUUGACGCUGAUUACAAUUUAAACCUCCUCCCACCAAAAGUGAUAGAAAAUAUCAAAAAUUUGCCGGAAUUCCUUACUUUUAUGACAGUGGAUUUUUAUAAUCAUGAAAGUCAGCUUACUUCUAUAUGUGAAGGGCUUAGGCCGAAAUUUGAGGUCCAUAUAAGUUUUAAGGUAUCUGUGGAUAAUUUAUUUUUAAAAUAUUUACAAGCGGAUUUUGUCAUAGUUGAGGCACAUUUGACGGUGGGUGACCGAUAUGUGACGAUUGGGAAAAGCAAAAUUCCAUUAAAAGUACUGAUUGAGGUGUCAAGGGCUGAAAACCUUACAAGGGUCAUAGAGUCAGCCUGUGUGCUGUUUAGCAGAUUUGACGAAAAAGUCGUUAUUGGAGGUUUUCGGUAUAAAAUGAGAAUGAGGUAUCCGAUGAACGAAAUUUUUGAUUAUUAUGAAGACCAACAAGAGGUCAUGGUAAGACCGACAACAAUAGAUGCUAUUGAUACAAGCCAAAAACGAAGGGAGUAUUUUUAA